AUGACCGCGUCUAGACUGCUAUUUGGGUAUGAAUUGAGAACGCCUGGUACCUGGCCUGCCCCACGCGAAGACUUUGUAGAAGAUGAACUAGCUGAGGAGGUUGCAAACAGGGUUGAAACGAUACAGCAAAUGAGCGAGGAGGCCCGGGUUAUUGCCAGAGAGAAGGUGCGCCAGAAACAGUUGGAAGCCAAGAAACGGUAUGACAAACAUGUGUAUUUCCGCAGACCAUUUGCUAUCGGUGAGCAAGUGCUUAUGAAGGAUCAUGUCACGCCUACCAAGUUUUCGGAUCGCUGGUUGGGACCCAUGACCGUGGCACAGCAACAAAUGGUUUUAUGUACCAUUACCGAUUCGAUAUUUGAAAGACCCAGUACCUUCUUCAACGGUCGGCGCUAA